CGUUUGUGAUUUGACAGAAACUGAGUCGUGAUCAUCCGGUCGAGUCGUGGGUGGUUAGCCUUCCCUAUUUACCUUCUCCCCUCGCUGAAAGCCUCCGUGGUGCCAGCUUCCUGAGUGGCUACACCGACCUCCUUUUCCUCGCCCUUUUUUUUCUGGGUAACUCUGUCGUUUAUUCGUCUACGUGUACGUGUGUGUGUGUGUGUGAGAGGGAGAGAGAAACCCGGCGUGGAUAUCGAGGGAUAUCCCUCCUGGUUUGGAAGAGGAGAGCGAGCGUCGUUUUUUUUUUUUUUUUUUCCAGGCUAAGCUAACAGCGGAGGGUGGGGGUGGACCGCUGCAUCUCGGCCCUCGGGGGAAGAAGAAGAAGAAGAAAUCUAACAAAUACCGUCUCCGGAGUAAUGUUAUGUUGUGGAGCAAUGAAAAACGAAGGACGCGUAUCUAAUAAAGGGGAGCUUCUCGGAGAGGGGGAAGUGUCAGUGGAGGAGUAUCGAGUGAACGGCCAAUAAAGAGGUGGCGAAAAGUAGUUGAGCGAAGCUACGUCGGCUACAGCUACGUCGAUCGAGGAAGUUGACUUAGCCUCUCUGCUAACUCGAGGGCAAAUAUAUCACUGGACCAUGGGUCGACUCAAACCACUCAGUUGUUAAACGAGGGAAAGAUUCACUAAACCCGCUUUUGGUGCCAAAAAAAAAAAAAAAACUUGAAAUAGAAAGUGUUUCAUUUCUGUUUUAACCGAAAGCGUUGGCCAAUUCGUUUAACCGGAAAGUCGGAGCUGGUUGUAAACAAAGGGUCCCGAGCUCCACCUGUCCACGUUACACCCCCGACGGACUCUCUGUUUCACCGACACAUUUCUGUGUGUGUUUUUUGUGUAUUUUAUUUUUUUAUUCACCCGUGGACACUAAGUCUCAGUUAUGGAUUUAAAGACGGCGGUGUUUAACGCGGCCAGGGACGGCAAACUCCGGCUGCUUCAAAAACUGCUGGAGAACAAAGAUGGACGCGAGGUGACUAAAUUAAUGGGAGAGAAGACGAAUGGGGCCACCCCGCUUCUCAUGGCCUCCCGGUACGGGCACCUGGACCUGGUGGAGUACCUGCUGGAGUGCUGCUGCGCCCCCGUGGAGGUGGGGGGCUCGGUGAACUUUGACGGGGAGACCAUCGAGGGGGCCCCCCCUCUGUGGGCAGCCUCCGCGGCGGGUCACCUGAAGGUGGUCCAGUCCCUCCUGGGUCACGGGGCUUCUGUCAACAGCACCACCCUCACAAACUCAACGCCCCUGCGGGCGGCCUGCUUCGACGGCCACCUGGACAUCGUGAAAUACCUGGUGGAGCACAAAGCUGACCUGGAGGUGGCCAACAGACACGGCCACACGUGUCUCAUGAUUUCCUGCUACAAGGGGCACAAGGAGAUAGCUCAGUACCUGCUGGAGAAAGGUGCCGAUGUCAACAGGAAAAGUGUAAAAGGCAACACAGCACUUCACGACUGCGCAGAGUCCGGCAGCCUAGAGAUCAUGCGCAUGUUGUUGCAAUAUGGAGCGUCCAUGGAGCAGGACGGCUACGGCAUGACGCCGCUCCUCUCUGCCAGCGUAACGGGUCACACCAACAUCGUAGACUACCUGACGUCACAUCAGCAGACAAGGAGCAGUGAACGCAUUGAUGCUCUGGAGCUUUUGGGUGCUACAUUUGUAGAUAAGAAGAGAGAUCUGCUUGGUGCUUUAAAAUACUGGAAAAGAGCCAUGGACCUCAGGUACACGGACAGCAACAACAUUGCCCAUAAACCAGAGCCCAAGCAGCUGGUCAUGGCGUACGACUACGCCAGGGAGGUGACAAACGGGGAGGAGCUCGACGGUCUGAUUUCUGACCCGGACGAAAUGCGCAUGCAGGCUCUGCUCAUCCGUGAGAGGAUCCUCGGCCCGCAGCACCCCGACACGUCCUACUACAUCCGCUACCGAGGUGCGGUCUACGCCGACUCUGGGAACUUCGAGCGCUGCAUCAAUCUGUGGAAGUACGCGCUGGACAUGCAGCAGAGCAACCUGGACCCCCUCAGCCCCAUGACGGCCUCCAGCCUGCUGUCGUUCGCCGAGCUCUUCUCCUUCAUGCUGCAGGACAGGGCCAAGGGACUCUUGGGGACGUCCGUGUCGUUCGAGGACUUGAUGGGAAUACUUUCCAAGAGCGUGCUGGAGAUCGAUCGAGCGGUUAAACAAAACGGACCAAUACCUCCCGACCCGGCCCAGCUCAGCAAGGCCCUCUCAAUUAUCCUGCACCUCAUUUGUCUGUUAGAGAAGGUGCCAUGCACCGCGGAGCAGGACCACUUCAAGAAGGAAACCAUCUAUAGGUUCCUGAAGCUCCAGCCAUGUGGUAAAAACGGCUACAGUCCCCUGCACCUGGCAGUCGACCGCAACACCACCUGUGUGGGACGCUACCCCGUCUGCAAGUUCCCCUCCCUCACGGUCGCCUCCAUCCUCCUCGAGUGUGGGGCUGAUGUUAACAGCCGAGAUGAAGAUGACAACAGCCCACUCCACAUAGCGGCGUCCAACGGUCACCCCGACAUCAUGAACCUGCUGAUUUCCUGCGGGACCCACUUCGACAGCACCAACGCCUUCCAGCAAACAGCCUGCGACCUCCUGGACGAGAAGGAGCUGGCCAGGAAUGUCAUCCAGCCCAUUAACCACACCACGCUGCAGUGCCUAGCCGCCCGGGCUAUCAUCAAACACAGCCUCGACUACAGGGGGAACAUUCCCGAGAAGCUGGAGGCCUUCGUCUUACUCCACAGAUAAUGAUCGUGAAGGAGCAGGGCGGUCGUGACAGGGAGGUGGGGGUCGAUUAUAAAUGGACUGAACGGACUGAGGAGUAUCGCAGUUCAACACCUGACCCACGAGGUGUUUGAGAAGCAGGAAAAAAAAACAAACAAACAAUUGUGUGGGUUAGGUUUGCAAAUUCAAACUAUUUGGAGAGUAUCAACUUCAUGUGCACAGACUUGUCCUCGUUUAACCAGGAUCAACUAAAAGAAGAAAAUGGUCGGAUUAAACGGAGGAACGAGUGACCGUAAUUCUCCUCCUGUGUCUCAGAGCCGCAGACCUGACCGGUCAAAGCCCGUCCGGUCUGUGGGGACGCAUUUGGAGGGGGACUGUAACAUGGACAGACUCAAAAGUUGAAUCUCUGGAUGACCUGAGCAAAAGGGUUUACUACGUAUUUCUGCUUGAGAAUCUUUUUUGUUUUUCCUUUUUUCUUUUUUUUUCUUUUUUUUUUUUUUUUUUUUUUUUGCAUAUUCCACAAUGCUAUUUAUUGGAUGAAACUUGAGAGAUUUUUCUCCAUGCUGGCUCCAACCCAGUCUCAACAUUGCCUGCUUCUCUCUUCUCAAAGCAAGAGAGGAGGCAUUUCUACAUAUGCUGGGACUUCAGGUUAUUCAUUUUUUUUUUUUUUUUUUUGUCCCUUCACUGUUGCCAACAGUCAUGGACCCUUCCUCAGUCAUCCUUAGGUUGUUGUUUUUUUUUGUUUGUUUUCUUUUGUACUUUUACAAUACAUGUAGAUUUUGUCAUGCAAAUCUGGACAUCUGCCAAGUGGUAUAGGAUUCUUGAUUCAUUUGUUCCCACUUUAGUGUAUAACAAAGCUUUACAAGAAGGGUAACACCGUAAGUGCUUUAUUCUUCCUAUGCACAGGCUAGGCUGUUGGAAAGAGAGACUGUUGUAUUCUGUGCCGGCACUUGUCUGUGCAAUAUCUCUCAUGAGUUUUUGUGUUUACCUCAUUGCUGCCGUUUCCUUCAGUAUCCACCUGCUUCAAUCAAAGAGCAGGGUGCAGAACCAUUGUGCUCAUUGUUGGAAGAAGAAGAAUGAAUGAAUGAAUGAAUAUGAGUGAUUCGUUUAAGUUUUUUUUGUAUACAUGAACGUGUGAGUGUGUGUGUGUGUGUUUGUGUGUGUGUGUGUGUGUGUGUGCGCGUGCGCGAGCCACACAGAGUGUUUCUUGAGUGUUAAUGGAGCUCGCACACUGGUGAAGCGGCACUCGAAGCGAUUCCAUACCGCACAUGACCACCACUAGAAACCACGGCGGCCGAACCGGCUACAGCCGCUGGAGAGUGCAGGCUUGUACACAGAAGUGACCUCUUUAACAUGUGGCCGACCUUUAAAUGCCAUCAUUUUUUUUUUGUUUGUUUUUUUUAAGUUAAUAAUCCAGAUCAAAAAAAAAAAAAAGAGUACAUCACUGGCUCACUGUGCAUGUGCAGCAGCAUAUCAACCAACCGAGUAAAACUGAAGACUUUUCAUAAGAGUUCAUGACGACUAAACUGCAACCCAAUUAUUUUUAUCUUUUUUUUUUUUUUCCCAAAAACACUGCAUAAAACGUGAAGACGGAAUGCUAAACCGCAUGUUUAAUUGAAACUAGUAAAGAGGGAACGUGCUGAAAUGGAUUUUGUGUGAGAGGCAUUUGCUCGUUUUGAAUUUGAGAAAAGCUCCGUAGUGGCCGGUGCCGUCUCGCAACAACGGCUCGGUAACGUGGCUGGUUAUGAAAAGUGUCACUGAAUUAAAAUGGAGAUGGGUUUACCACUCUGUACAAGGCUACAUGGGCAAAAAGUUAAAAAAGAAAAUGCAGAGAAUUUGGCAUUUCAUCACGUACAGUAGAUGAUCUUAAAGUAUUCUAGAGAGAAACCAUUUUUGGAAGAAAUGAGGUCAAAAACCAAUAAUGAAUGGUCGUAGUCUUCGUAGAAGUCACUGCAUUGGGCUCAGGAACACUUUCUGUAAACAACGUUAAAAACUCUACCAAGCUAUGAAGGAAAAAAUGAAAACCAGGUUUCUGGAUGACUCCAAACAAGUCCGUCCUGCAGUCUCGACCCGUCGCUCACCGAAAAACAGUUGGCACAUUAUGCAACUAAAAAUAUGACAAAGGAGCCCCUGAACCCGUGAGCGGCCGAGAUCCUGUAUCAAAGAAGCCUGGAAAAACAUUCAGGCUUUCAAGCCGUCAUCCACCGGCCUCCUCAAACACUUACACUGUGUUCUUAAGAGAAGAGGUGACGCAACAGAGCGGUAAACAAGCUUAUUAAAAACGUGUUGCUGGGGUCAAAUUCAAAAUGAGCAGAUGAUUUUUUUCACGUAGUUUCUGUUUCAGCCUUUUGGUGAUUCGCCUUUGUACUAUUUUCAAUAAAAAUGUAGGGGUUUGAAUGAUCACUGCGUUCUUACUUCAUUUACAUUUAUCACGAACCGGUUCGUACUGUUGACUACAGCUAGGAUCGUCAUUUUUGUAUGAGAGGUGACGCGUGAGUGGGAGGACGACAGAGUAGUACAGCUUUGUGAAUUAUCUUGUUUGCACAUUAGCUUCAGACGUGUGGGUUUAUUUAAGAGAAAAACAAAAAAAUAAAAAAGGGCUUUUCACAUUUUGUAGGAUUUCAUAUUUCAGUCUAUUUAACCUGACGGCUCAAACAAAAAAAAACAAAAAAAAAAAAAUCAGACAUCGAAAAAUGUAUGAGGACUCCCAGGGCAACUUGAUUUGAAUCUGCACUUUACUACAGCGGAGUUAAAGAUUUGUUAUGGCAUUAAUCAAGUUCAUGUCUUAAUAACCAGUUUGACAAUAAACCCAUGUUGCACUUG